GAGCAGGUGGAAGGACGCUUCUGGCAGGAAGCCCCUCUGUCACCCCUGCAAGCAUGGAGCAUGGCUGGAGACGCCUUGCUGCCUUUCUGGCUGUGGCGUUUUGGGCCUCUGGCUCAUCUCAGGGGGGCGUUGGAAACCUCCGCACUCAUUUCAACAGCAAAGCUGAGCACCUACUGAGUGAGGAGCCCCUGAACCCCAAAUGUUUCACACAGCAGCUGGAGGAUUUGGCCUGCUUCUGGGAGACACCAGAACCCCUGAUGGAGGGAAACAACCAGAACACAUACAGCUUUUGCUACAAGUUUUGGGAGGAUACGUCUUCAAGAUCGUGUAACCUGACCGUGGAGCUCACAUCCAGGAAUACCACACGCUACACUUGCUUCUUUCGAAGGCAGGACAUCUCAGCCUUCAUACCCCUGGAGAUCAAUGUCUUUGAUGACCGUUCCCCCAACAGCACGCUGUACAGCCGAACAAUCUAUGUGGAAAAACUAGUUUUCCUGGAUCCCCCUUCCAACCUGACUGUGCAGCGGAUGGAGUCACCAGGGAAACUGAAUGUGAGUUGGCUGCAGCCCCCGGUUGUACACCUGGACAACAGCCUCCACUAUGAGCUGGCCAUCUUCCCCGAGGGUUACAAAAUCCCACAGGUGGAGCAUGUCAAUGGGCGGACACAUCUCAUCAUAUCUCUGAAAGCUGGGUCCCGCUACACACUGGCCGUGAGGGUCAAGCCUAACGGAGUCAGCUAUGAUGGCUACUGGAGUGCCUGGUCACAGGCUGUGUCCAGGACCAUACCAAAUGAUGUGGACCCCCUCAUCCUGACACUGUCUGUCAUUCUGCUGUUGAUUAUUCUGCUCUUGGCAUUCAUCAUCCUGAUGUCUAACCGCAGAUUUUUGAAGAAGAAGAUUUGGCCUGUGAUCCCCACUCCAGAGCAUGAAUUCAGGGACCUCUUCACCAUCUACAAGGGCAACUUUCAGUUAUGGAUGGGGCACCAGAGUGCCUACUUGUGGUGGAGCCAGAGCCCUACCUACCUGGAGGAGCAGCCAUUCCUGGUGGAACUACUGUCCGAGUGUGAUGGCUACAAAGUGGAUGGUCUCCCUCCUCCUCCUCCUCCUCUUCCCCCCAAGAUCCGCACUGUGGUAGAGCAGCUCCCCGAGACUGCAGAGCUCUCCCAGGAUGAUUACCUGGUACUAGAUGAGGGCUUGGCACCCUGCUGCUCUGGAGGGGAUGGUUCCCUGCUCUUGACAGACAGUGAGAGCAAUGAGGUCACAGACCUGGCCCUUCCUGGAGGAGCAGGCAUUUCAGAGCCCAGCCAAGCAUCUUCUAGCUUUGAGUACACUGUAUUUGACCCCAGCUCAGAGAGCCUCUCCCCACAGCACCCCCAUGCAGAGUCCCAGCUCAAGAGCAGCUAUCAGAUGGUGUCCGACUCUGGGAUCUCUGCCGACUACAGCCUCGGGGACUCCAGUGCUGAACAGAUGGGCCGGUACACCAACCUCUGUGAUGGAGGAGGAACACAGCCCUUUGUACCCACCUACAUCAUCUGCUCAUAACAGCAGUGAGCAUGGAACCCAGACGCACUGAGGCAGCAAGAGACUAGCCUGAGAGGCUGGCACCUUCUUCUUUUCCUGGGUUUAGCAGAACUCCAGGGGAAGUGAGCAAAAAAUGUUAAGGGCCACCUCAAGAGCUCCAGCUGGCCCAGUACCACUCCUGUGGAAGGAAAAGACAUUUGCGGAAAGGCUGGAGAGACAACUUUGAAUAGACAGAGGGCCUGUUUGCUUCUAGGCUAUCUUUCAACAGGGAGUUGCUAAAAGUGCUGCAGUACCAUCACCUUGUUUAUUCUACACAGUGGACCAUUGCUACCUGAGACAAGAUAUUCUCUGCACUGGCACCAUGGCCCAGCAACUUCCCGGUUGGCAACAGGCUCAAAACCAGCCUGGAGAGAACUGCUCUUUCCUGCUACCAGCCCAGCUCUCCACAUGGUGUAACACCCAAGUGGACAAGGAACACUACUUUUCCUACUAUGCUUUUGGGGCAAAUUUGCCCAGUAUCAUCAUCACUUAUCUUUACAAAAUCCACUUUCAUGAUCUAUAUGAAAUAUAUAUAGGAACAACUCUCUUAAAUGUAUGAGCUGGGUUUGAGGCCUUUGCAGAACUUCUCCCAGCUUUAGAAAGGGAGUGGCAUCCAGGGGUUAGAACCUGGGAGAAAGCCGGAAUUCACAUAGUCUUUGUUCUCCUACAAUUUAGUGUGUGAUCUUCACCUCCCAAUCUAUAAAAUGGAGAUAAAAAACUGACUGAAAAGCUAAGGCUCUUUCUGCUUGAAUAAGCAUUCAAAGGAAAGCACUGGUAAUUUGAUCACUAAAUAAUUUCUUAGAUUUCCUGCCAUUUACUGUCAAUGGAGGGAACUGAAUAUGGGUAGCUCAGGAUUACUGUUAUUUGUCCACUCAUGGAUGAUUUGUGAUGGAUUUUACUUGUAUCUGAAGUAUGAACUGUCCUUCAAAGGCAUGGGUGAACAUGAUGCUGUGAUGAAAUCCUAGAUGUUCCAGCACUGGGACUAUCACUUCACUUUCACAAACAUCACUAGAUUGUAUCAUUUUGUAAGUAUGUAUAUAGAUGAAAUAUAUUUUAAUACUUCAAGGAUUUUUAAAAAACAAAUUAAAAAAAACUUAAGCCAUUGCGCAUUUUAAGACUCACUUGUGUUGAGUGCUGAGGUCACUAAAAUGUGGUAGAUAUUCAUGCUGAUGCUUUAGCAACUGUGUCUGCACAAAACAUUGAGUCAUAAUUCCUCCGAAGCCAAGCUGAUUGUGCAGAAGCCAAGCAUGCUGGUGCAUUAGCACCUCUGAUGAAUAGCUAAACUAAUAAAGAGCUUACCAUGGUGGAGAAACCUUGAAAAUACA